UGGACUGAUGGGCAGGAUAUCCCAGUUCAUUCUGAAGUUUGGCAGAACGUCCACAGAAUGUCAAGUGCCUGAACGCAGCGCUGUGGUUAGGAUAACGGCGAGGCCUGAAGACAUUGGAGAAGAGGAGGAGGCAUGGUGGUGCGACAUAGGACUGGACCAACUGCGUUACAGGAACUUCAACAACAAUGCUGGUCAUUGGCCACUUGCAACACUCAAUAGGAACAACUGCAACAAUACAGACGACAAAAAGGAUGACAGGGAGAUAAAGAAAGGCGAUAAGAAAGAAGUGCCGAAAAAGGACGAGAAGAAAGAUGAACCAAAAAAAGACGAGAAGAAAGAUGAGAAGAAGGAUGACAAGAAAGAUGAUAAAAAUAAGGAAGAGGAGAAACCAAAAGAAGUGUGGAUAAUGGAUCCUGCCACGGAUUUAUACUAUCACUGGUUGACCAUUGUAGCAGUACCUGCGUUUUACAACCUAAUGAUGCUUGUUACUAGAUCCUGUUUUAAUGAGCUGCAGAAUGACUUCACCAUCUUAUGGAUUGUGCUGGACUAUAGCUCAGAUCUCAUCUACUACCUUGAUACAUUUGUCAGAUCAAGGACAGGAUUCCUGGAGCAAGGAUUACUUGUACAAGAUUCUAAGAAGCUGUGGGAACAUUACAAAAAGUCACCGCAAUUCAGGUUCGAUAUGAUAUCCAUGGUACCGACAGACUUAUUAAUGCUCAAAGUGGGCUACAACAAUCCCGAAGUGAGAUUCAAUCGACUUUUCAAGAUGGCUCGUCUCUUCGAGUACUUCGACCGCACCGAAACCAGAACCAACUUUCCCAACAUCUUCCGGAUCAGCAACCUUGUCCUCUAUAUCCUCAUCAUCAUCCACUGGAACGGCUGCAUCUUCUUCGCCAUCUCAAAAACCAUCGGCUUCGGAACAGACAGUUGGGUGUACCCCAACAUCAGUGACCCGGACUUCGGCCGUCUUUCCAGAAAGUACAUCUACUGUCUGUAUUGGUCCACCCUCACCCUCACGACCAUCGGAGAGACGCCGCCUCCGGUCCGAGAUGUUGAGUACUUAUUUGUCGUUGCUGAUUUUCUCAUCGGCGUGCUCAUUUUCGCCACCAUCGUCGGUAACGUCGGCGCCAUGAUUUCUAACAUGAACGCCUCCCGUGCUGAAUUCCAGGCGAAGAUCGACUCCAUCAAGCAGUACAUGCAGUUCCGUAAGGUCACCAAAGAUCUGGAGGCCCGUGUUGUGAAGUGGUUCGACUACCUUUGGACGGAGCAAAAGACCUGCGAUGAAAAGGAGGUCCUUAAGAACCUCCCAGACAAGCUGAAAGCAGAGAUCGCCAUCAACGUCCAUCUUGAAACCCUCAGGAAGGUGCGCAUCUUUCAGGAUUGUGAGGCGGGUCUUCUCGUUGAGCUUGUCCUUAAGCUCCAGCCUCAGGUCUUCAGUCCCGGAGACUACAUCUGCAAAAAGGGCGACAUUGGACGGGAGAUGUAUAUUAUCAAAGAAGGCCAGCUAGCCGUGGUGGCCGACGAUGGCGUCACGCAAUUCGUGGUCCUCAGCGACGGCGCUUACUUCGGUGAGAUCAGCAUCCUGGGCAUCAAAGGCAGCAAAGCGGGAAACCGCAGAACUGCUAACAUACGUAGCGUGGGAUAUUCUGACCUGUUCGCGCUCUCAAAAGACGACCUGAUGGAGGCGCUGACCGAGUACCCGGAGGCCAAAAAGGCUUUGGAAGAGAAAGGCAGGGCUAUUCUGCUGAAAGAUAAUCUCAUCGACGAGGAGGCGGCCAACGCCGGUGCCGACCCAAAAGACCUGGAGGAAAAAGUGAGCACGCUGGAGACAAAUUUAGAGGUGAUGCAGAUCAAAUUUGCUCGUCUUAUGGUAGAUUGGACAUCCAACCAAAACAAGAUCAAACAGCGGAUCGCCAACAUGGAGGCCAGAGUGAAGACUCUUAGAGAUGAGGAUUCGUCAGAGGUCGUUGAGGAUAAGAAGGACAAAUAG